UUCCCGUUUGACUCUCGACCAGUUCGUAUCGUUGCAAUAGCAAGUUGUCGAACAGUAAAUAUCAUUUAGCUAUUAAAAUGGAAGAUCCAGUUGCUGUUGCUGCACCGGCUGCUGAUGCCCCAGCUACGGCUGCUCCUGCUAAGGCUCCAAAGAAAAAAGCAGCAGUCAGUAAACCAAAAAAUAAGAAGCCAGCGAACCAUCCAAAAUAUUGCGACAUGAUCAAGGCUGCUAUCACAAGCUUGAAAGAGCGAGGUGGUUCUUCACGACAGGCCAUCCUUAAGUACAUAAUGGCAAACUACAACGUUGGAAAAGAUGAGAAAACCAUCAACAGCCACUUGAAGAUGGCUCUCCGUGCUGGAGCCAAGAAUGGAAACUUGAAGCAGUCCAAAGGUGUUGGUGCAUCUGGCUCAUUCAAGAUUGGCGCCAAGGAAGAAGCCAAGCCAAAGGCUAAAUCACCUAAAAAGGCUGAGAAACCAAAGGCUGUCAAGCCUAAAUCUCCAGCCAAAGCCAAAAAGCCCAAGGCAAAGAAAGCUGCUGCUCCUGCUGCCGCACCAGCAGCCAAAAAGCCAGCUGCAGCCAAGAAGCCAAAAUCUCCCAAGAAGGCUGCUGCUAAGAAACCCAAGGCACCUAAACCAGCAGCUGCGGCUAAACCUAAAAAGCCCAAAACACCCAAAAAGAAAGCCUCUCCAAAGAAAGCAGCGCCUGCAAAGAAAGCUGCACCCAAAAAGGAAAAGUAAAAGUGUGAUAUAAAAAUUGACUGAGAAAGGACUCGAUAAAUUAUUUCAUCCAGAUUUCUAUGACAACUAACGGACAUGUAAACAGAUGUGGCAGCACUCUGGAUUGUGGAUUUCUGACAGACAUCUUUCAUUUGUAAUAUAUUUCAUUUUCAUACCCUUCUCAUAUCAUCAUGCCAUUAUGUUCAAGCAAUUGUUAUAUUUGCCCUACAUAUGCACCAUUGCCUGCUUUCUCAUCCUCAUUAUUUUAACAUGAUGUCCUAUUCGGGGUAUGUUGCAAUCUGCAAGGUUGUGGUAUGAAUCCAUGACCAAUAAAGUAACAUGUGAUAA